AUGCGAACGUCACGGUACUCUACCUCGAGGCAAAAGGCUUGCCAGCAGUGCUGCAGUUCCAAAGUGAGAUGUGAUCGAAGAGUUGCCAGUGGACGUUGUACGAGAUGUACGCAAAAGGGGCUGCUUUGUACUCGUCCCCAGACAGAGCCGAAAAGGACAGCGCCAAGGACGAAUCUGGGCAAAGAUACACAGGCAGGGCAGCUUUCCAGUCCGUUUUCAGGUCUAGAUUCAUCAUUCGCCACCCCUGAGAAUGGGUUGGAUGCUAUUGAUUUCUCGGAUCUUGAUUUGGUGUGUCCUAUAAAUGCCGAUGAUAUCCAGAACCGCUGGCUUCAGGCAUUUAUUCCUGUUCCCGGGCAGACCGUCAAGAAAUACCCUCCCGGGGUGAGUGCCUUCAUCUACAAUAUGUUGAAAUCGUACGCGAGCGUGGCCGUCGGGGGACGGGGAGUUCUACCGUUUAUCCAUUCCAAACAGAUGGUGACCCAGCCGGUUGGAUCGCCGCUGACUACCUGCUUGAGCUUGGUUCGGAUCUGUUCCAACCCACCCGUACCGGGCAGCCAAGACGUUGCUGCUAGUAUUAUCCGACGCGAGAUGCAGAGUGUGUACGACCUACAGGACCGGUAUCACGCCGAGGCCCUCUUUGCCGCCUUCCAGGCGUACCUAGUCUACACCCUAGUACUCUUCUUCCAGCUGAACCAGUUCUUCAAAGACCACUUCCGCAGCAUCAUGACCAAGCUACAGGAGCUGGCUUGUGCAUCAGCCCGGCAGGGACUUGUAUGUGCAGCAGAUCAACACCGGGCCCGACCGAGGUGGGAGGAGUGGAUCGUUGCCGAAGCGAAACGGCGAACCUUGUUUGUGAUGUAUUUGUUCGACAGCAUCCUCACCACUCAGGAGGGGCUGCCGACUUUUCUCGGCACCGAACUGACGGGCUUGCCCGCUCCGGCUAAUAAACUUCUUUGGCAGGCAGACACCCGUUAUGGAUGGGAGAAGGAGUACAAUAUCCACCUGGUGGGGUGGAUGGAGGGCAGUCUCACCAUUGACGAACUGUGGCCUCUCCCUCCGAAUCUAGACGGCGUAGAUGUUGCCAGGAGGCGGCAGAGGGUGGAUCGCUGGUUGGAAAACCUGGAUGAGUACGGAACCAUGCUAUAUGCAAUCAUGAGUUGUACCCUUCCUGAUUGAAAGCAGUCCAUACUACUCUGUUAGUACUGUAUUGAACAUUAUGAGUACUAAUAUUCUUUUAUAUUUACUUACCAACAUACUGGUGCAUUCCGCUCGAAUGCUCAGACCCUAUCGCACGUCAGAAUAUACCGUCUGUAUGCCUAGUACUGGCUGGCUCAUAUGAACGUACAUUCUUUGACCAUAUGCUGAAUACCCGGGUUCUUGCCCUUGAGGGUAUCCAGAGCACUUUGAUCUUC